AUGAUGCGCGGUAUGCAGGAUUUUACCAAUCAGAUUGCUGCAUCAGAUCGAGCUGCAGGAUCAGCUUCCGGUUUGAACGAUGCAGUCGGGGAAAAGUCCGAUGUGGGCGAUGCGGAAGACGAAGAACUAGGUAAUCAGACGUCACUAGAUUCUCCUAGAGGACAAAGUUCCAGACGUUCUGAAGAAGGGUUCCAGCUACCACCGGCGGAUAUGGAAAUAGCAGCUAACGAUCUGGCUAUCAAAUUGAACGCAUUUUUCGAUCAUGCAGAAGAACGCCGCACGUGGAUUGCUGAACAUCAAGGUAUACUGGUGGAUUUGCGGGCUGUGCAAAAUCGAUGGAAAUUAUGGAUUCAACUGUUGCGGACCAUCAGUCAUCGCAUGCAUCACAUUCAAGACUAUAUGCGAAACAUACUGUCCGGUAUGUAA